AUGAGUGCAUCGACGUACGCCGACGCCUCUCUCUCGCGCGAAGCCCAAAGUUCUGACUUUGACCUGACCAUUCGCCAGCAGCCCGACCGGGCGCGCGUGGCCGGGGGCAAGGAGAAAGAGCGCAAACCCAUCGAUCCGCCCCCGAUCGUCCAGCUCCGGGUGCGCGAGGAGGGUUCUUACCUGGCGCAACACUACCUGCAAAGCCCCUACUAUUUUAUGUGCUGCAGCUUGUACGAUGCCACAGAAGAUCGUCCAGUGCCCGUUGCACCAUCGACAGCGCUAGCAGGAACCCUAGUCUCGUCCCUUCACCGGUUGAAGGACGUUGACAACAGUGAUGGAGGGUUCUUCGUGUUUGGUGAUCUGUCGGUAAAGAUUGAGGGCGAGUUUCGACUCAAGUUUACCCUCUUCGAGAUGCGCAAGGAUGUCGUAACCUAUUUGAAAACCGAAAUCUCGGACCGAUUUAAGGUGUCGCCUCCGAAGAACUUCCCGGGCAUGAUGGAAUCCACGUUCCUCUCUCGGUCGUUUGCAGACCAAGGUGUCAAGUUGCGCAUACGCAAGGAGCCUCGGACUAUGAUGAAACGCUCUGCACCUCGUCCAGACGAGUUCCCACAGGCGAUCCCACCUCGAUCGCCAGAUCGCCAGCCAGUUCAAAUCCCGCCCGCUGCGACGGGAUUCACGGGUUAUCCGACGACGGCGACGGCCAGUCGAGACUACAAUCAGUACUAUGGAGCUCCUCCUGUCAAACGUCAUCGCACUUCCAUAGAUUAUGGCCGCCAAAGCAUCUAUGAUCAAGAGAGCCGGAUGGCUGCGCGCCCAAUGGAUCCUUAUAGUCAGCCGACGGCGAUGUAUAGCCAGCAACCUGCAUACCAAACUCCGGGCAUGCAACCGUAUCAAACAAGUCAGGUGGUGCCAGAUUAUGGGAUGUCUUACGGCCUUCAUCCAUCAGCAGCGCCCAUGUCUCAAAUGACUGAUCCCUCCGGGCAGACUCGGCCCAGCCAGCAGCAAGCUGCAGUGGGACAGUUGAUGGCGAUGAACCAGCCUGGCACACCUACCCCAGACUCGACUGGAGCGAUGAUGGCUCAGGGAUACCCUCGAUCCGGAUACCAGACGCCCGAAAACUCGACCAUUCUUCCUCCCUUGCAGCGCAGCUAUAACCAGGUCACCAAUGGAGCUGCUGCCCGCGGUUAUUUCGACCAGCCACCUCCGACGGCCACCUCAAUCCUGCCUUCCCAGAUGGCCCCCGAAGGUAAUCGCUAUGGCUCUGGGAACGAUACCCCUCAGUGA